AUGUCCAUCAUGAAGCUGUCGCAAGAGGCCAUUUGCCUCGCCUGCUACAACAUGAAUCCCACCACCUCCUGCGAGAUCCAGACCUCCAUGUGCUUCACCCUCCCCAGGGACCACCUCCAUGUGCUUCACCCUCCCCAGGGACUACCUGGCUUGAUGGGGAGAGUGGAGAUCAUCCCAAUGAUGAUGCGAGGUGGAAGGCUCACGGGUUUGACCUCUCAGGUUCUGGGCAUGAGGUGCUUCAGCACGGAGAUAUUUGUCAGCAGAUUAUCAUUCUAUACAACCGAGGAAGAAUUCAAAGAUGUCUUUUCACCAUUUGGCACCGUAGAGGAAGCUCGACUUAUGCGAGACCACCAAACUGGAAGGAUGAAGGGAUUUGGUUUUGUCAAAUAUUCAUCUCAAGCAGAUGCAGAGAAAGCUGUCAAGGCAAUGGAUGGCAGGGUAUAUGCUUUCUGCUCUGCUCACUUGUUUCUAACAGAAACUUCAUUUAUUUACCGCUACUAA